GGAGUUUGAGUCUGGAUGAUUUCUUUAGUAAGAUGACAGCUCGUGUGUCUCUUCUACUCGUGGGUGCAGGACUUGCUGCUCUGGCUGCGAUAUACUGCUAUUUCUAUUGGAAGAAUGAAGCUUGUAAUGGAAACUGGAUCAGCUUUAAUAGAACCGGACUGAAGCGUGACCUCAAACAGAAGCUCUACGGGCAGCACGUCGCGGCUGAGGUCGUCCUGAAGGCCGUCACGGGCUUCAUGAGGAGCCAGAACCCAAAGAAACCGCUGGUUCUGUCUCUCCACGGCUGGACCGGGACCGGGAAGAACUUCGUGAGCCAGCUUAUAGCGGAAAAUAUUUACCAGAAAGGCAUGACGAGCAGCUUCGUUCAUCUGUUUACGGCGACAGCGCACUUUCCUCACGAGGCCUGCGUUAGCAAAUACAAGACGCAGCUGCUUGAGUGGAUACGAGGGAACGUUUCUAUCUGCCCGCGCUCGAUGUUCAUCUUUGAUGAAAUGGAUAAAAUGCAUCCCGGGCUGAUCGACAGCAUAAAGCCUUACCUGGACUUCUACGAUAACCUGAACGGAGUGUCCUACAGACAGGCCAUCUUCAUCUUCCUCAGCAACGCUGGGGGUGAGAGCAUUGCUCAGGUGGCUCUGGAUUUCUGGAAGGAUGGGAAACCACGACCGGACAUCCAUCUGAAGGACCUGGAGAUGGCCCUGUCGCUGUCUGUUUUCAACAACAAGAACAGCGGUCUCUGGCACACUAGCUUAAUCGAUAAGAAUCUGGUGGAUUACUUCGUGCCGUUUCUUCCUCUGGAGUACAAGCACGUCGUCCAGUGCGGUCUGGCUGAGAUGGUCUCCAAGGGUCGUGCCCCGGAUAUGGAAGUGGUUGAAACCAUGGCCCGUGACCUGAACUACUUCCCUAAAGAGGAGCGCGUCUUCUCCACGCAGGGCUGCAAGGUCAUUUCCAGCAGACUGGACUUCUACAUUUAAACGAACAAGAGGAAACGGACACUUCCUGCAUGCAUUCUCCCCAAACGGGCCGGAGGCGUGUUUUCAAGAAUGAGUUUAUUGCAAAAAACAGAUGGCCUUCGACACACACAGUCCCCGUUCACCUUUUUUUUUGGGUGUGUGUCAUGAAACAGAAUCCUUACCCAUUGGCUACGCGCGAUAUUUUACACUUUUUGUAAUAAUUUAACUUCUGCUGUGCAUUUAAGCAGUUUACAGGAGCUUCAACCGCAUUCGACGACUGCAUUAACUUAAAAAAAAAAAGAACUUAAGCUUCAAAUGGAUGGGUUUAUUACAUAAAAAAAAUGCAAAAACACAAAAUGGACAUAUUUAUAAACUGGAGGAGUACUUUUAGGAAGGAUUUGAAGUGAACUCAUUCCUUGCUGUAAGCUUUGUUUUAAUUUAAAUCAUUUAGUGAAUA